CCAUAAUUUCAAAAUCACAUCAAAUUUCCCUCUUUCUCUCUCAAUUCUCUCUCUCUUUCUCACACACACACAAUUUGUGAAUUUUACAGUUCUCACCUAAAAAUUCGAAAAUGCAAGCUUUUAAAUCCGAAGAGCAGUUGCAGCUCGUCGAACGUGACGAUAUCGACGAAGAUGAAGAUCUGUUUGAAGCUAUCGAUAAGCUGACUUCUCAUGGAAUAAAUGCUGGAGAUGUGAAGAAACUGCAAGAUGCAGGGAUAUAUACUUGUAAUGGCUUGAUGAUGCACACUAAGAAGAAUUUGACUGGUAUAAAAGGAUUAUCCGAGGCUAAGGUUGAUAAAAUUUGUGAAGCUGCUGAGAAGUUAGUGAAUUUUGGAUAUAUCACUGGAAGUGAUGCUCUGCUCAAAAGAAAGGCUAUUGUCCGUAUCACUACUGGAAGUCAAGCACUUGAUGAACUGUUGGGAGGCGGUAUUGAAACUUCACAAAUCACUGAAGCUUUUGGAGAGUUUAGGUCUGGGAAGACACAGCUUGCUCAUACUCUCUGCGUUUCUACACAGCUUCCUACUAGCAUGAAAGGAGGGAAUGGGAAGGUUGCUUAUAUUGAUACUGAGGGAACUUUCCGGCCUGAUCGUAUUGUACCCAUUGCUGAAAGGUUUGGCAUGGAUGCUGGAGCUGUUCUUGAUAAUAUAAUUUAUGCACGUGCCUACACCUAUGAGCAUCAAUACAACCUUCUCCUUGGCUUGGCAGCAAAGAUGGCUGAAGAACCUUUCAGACUUCUGAUUGUUGAUUCUGUCAUUGCUCUGUUCCGAGUAGACUUCACUGGAAGAGGAGAACUUGCAGAGCGCCAGCAAAAGUUGGCUCAGAUGCUUUCCCGUUUGACAAAGAUUGCAGAAGAAUUUAAUGUGGCAGUGUACAUGACAAACCAAGUGAUAGCUGAUCCUGGUGGUGGGGUAUUUAUAUCAGAUCCAAAGAAACCGGCGGGGGGGCAUGUUCUUGCUCAUGCAGCAACUGUGAGAUUGAUGUUUAGGAAGGGCAAGGGGGAACAGCGUGUCUGUAAAGUGUUUGAUGCACCGAAUCUGCCUGAGUCUGAAGCAAUAUUCCAGAUAACAGCAGGAGGAGUUGCAGAUGCAAAGGACUGAAGUCUAUGCAAUAACAAUAAAACAACAUGCAGUCUUCAAACAUGUUUAUAUAUUACUCUCAGCUCCCUACUAAAGACGUAUGAUAGUCUGGAAAUUCUGCAUUAGUACAGCAAUGUCAAUUUAUGUGUAGGUAAAAGCUUUUAAUAUGAUACUGUAUGACAAUUUCAAGAUUAGUAUUAUGAUAUAAUGUCUAAAAGUUGUUUUUA